AGAAAGUCAAUCAAGAGUAAAAAGCAUGAAGGGCAGAGAGAGGAGCAAAUCCGGGUCUAGGGAUGGGGAUGAUACUGAUAUAAACCCCAGUAGGAGUAGUAGUAGUAGUCGCCUUGCUGUAUUGAUCUCUCAUUUGUCUCUCUCUCCUCCUCCUACUCCUACUCAUCUUCUCCAUCUUCAGCCUUCCAUGGCUUCCGAGAAAGAAGCUGCUCUCGCUGCAGUCCCCUCCGAUUCCCCCACCAUAUUUGACAAAAUUAUUAAGAAGGAAAUACCAUCUAAAGUGGUUUAUGAGGAUGAUGAGGUUCUUGCUUUUAGGGACAUAUCCCCCCAAGCUCCUACACACAUUGUGAUCAUUCCCAAAGUUAGGGAUGGCUUAACUGGACUCUCUAAGGCCGAGGAAAGGCACUGUCACAUUCUUGGCCGCUUGCUUUACACUGCCAAACUGGUUGCUAAACAGGAGGGACUUGAAGAGGGAUUCAGGAUUGUGAUCAAUGAUGGGCCAAACGGAUGUCAAUCUGUAUAUCAUCUUCAUGUUCACCUCCUUGGGGGACGUCAAAUGAACUGGCCUCCUGGCUAAGAUGGAAUUGCUGUAGAUCUCUGGUCGUGAGGGUGGAGAGAUAUCGCAUGAAAAUAAGUUUUAAUUCUGAUUCUACCCUAAGAACUUGAUAGGAGUUUCCUCCAUACAAUAUUAUGUGAUUUUGCAAUAAACAGUGACCGCCUGGUCUUCCAAGUUGCAAUGGGAGCAAGAACCUUAAUUAUUAUGUUAACUGAUGUUUAUGAGAUAAUAUUAUAAAUUGGGUUGUGGUUGCUGACGCUCAGCGUUGUGUCA